GUCUCCCCCGAUAAGUGAAAGUGACGUCGUUCGCCCGCCACGUUUUUAUUUCAACGCAAUGAUUGAAAUUAAUUCGAUUUAACAGCUUGCUUGAUAGAAAAUACUAGUGAGAAUGUGGUCUAUUCUAUUCCGGAUCUAUUUGUUGCCACGGAAUUCACGGAAUAAGACGGCACGGAAACUUUGUGAUUUGGUCGAGCGCGGAGAAGUGCCGCUGAGGUUAUGUCAUCUCAUGUAGUGGACUUUUGUCAAAGAUUGAUGAUGAAUGUUGAAUCCAGAAUCUACUGUUUCCUCAUGUCAUCGAAGCGACUUGAUGGGGCUGCGCAGAUGCUGAGUGGCCAUGGCUCCUGCGGCCCCAGGAUGUGGCAGGAUUGCCGCGGUCCUGCUGGGCGUGGCGCUGGUCGCCGUCAAUCUGUCGCAGGAGAUGUCGGAGCUGGACAAGCCAAUCCCCGUGGAGCACGUGGAGGGUGUGGUUGGCCGCAAGGUGUCCCUGCCGUGCGACAUCGAGCCACCCACCAAGGACGACAACGUGCACAUGGUGCUCUGGUUCGAGGCCGUGGACGGCGAGCCACUCUACAGCUUCGACGUCCGUGGCCGGACCUUCGAGCACGCCAAACUGUGGUCUUCGAACGUGUUCGGGGACCGGGCCAAGUUCCGCCCCAAGUCGGGCGCCGGCCCCGCCCAGCUGGUCCUGGACGGCGUCACGGCAGACGACCAGGGCGUGUACCGCUGCAGGGUGGACUUCAAGAACUCGCCCACCAGGAACAUGAAGGUCAACCUCACCGUCAUAGUGCUUCCGGAGAAACCAGUCAUCUACGACUCCAAGAGGAGAGAUAGGACCAAAGUCUUGGAGCCAUACAACGAGGGCGCACUUGUCAACUUGGUCUGCGAAGUAAUUGGAGUCCGUCCGCUGGAGGUACGCAUCAUGAACAAGGAGCGCGCCCUGUCGGCGGAGCGGCGCUACGAGGUGGAGUGUCGGUCUGUGGGCUCCCGCCCCGAGCCAGUCAUCACCUGGUGGAAGGGCUCCCGGCAGAUGAAGAAGCUCGCCAAAAACUUCUCGGCGGACGGCAACCACUCCGUGAGCGUGCUGGGCUUCGUGCCGGCCAUUGACGACGACGGCAAGUACCUGACGUGCCGCUCCGAGAACCCCUCCAUCCCGGACUCGGCGCUCGAGGACCGCUGGCGCCUCGACGUGCAAUACCCGCCUGUGGUGACGCUACGCAUGGGCGCCAGCCUCAACCCCAACGACAUCAAGGAGGGCGACGACGUGUACUUCGAGUGCAACAUCCGCGCCAACCCCAAGGCGUACCGCCUGGCCUGGUUCCACGCGGGCCGCGAGCUGCAGCACAACGUGUCGGCCGGCGUCAUCCUCAGCGACCAGAGCCUCGUGCUGCAAGGAGUCUCGCGUCAGUCGGCCGGCGACUACGCCUGCAUGGCCGCCAACAGCGAGGGCAAGGGCACCAGCAACCCCGUCCCGCUCAACGUCAUGUACGCGCCGACGUGCCGCAGCGCGCGCGAGGAGCUGCACGGCGCGGGCCGCCACGACACGGUGACGCUGCGCUGCGAGCUGGACGCCCACCCGGCCGCCGUCGCCUUCCACUGGACCUUCAACAACUCGGGCGAGUCCAACGACGUGCCCUCGUCCAAGUUCAGCUCGCAGGGCAGCUCGUCCACGCUCAACUACACGCCCUCCUCCGACAUGGACUUCGGCACGCUGGCGUGCUACGGCUCCAACGCGGUGGGCCAUCAGCGCACGCCCUGCAUCUUCCAGGUCGUCGCCGCGGGCCGACCUUUCCCCCCCUCCAACUGCUCGCUCACGAAUCACACUUCCGAGUGGGUGCGAGUCGAGUGUCUGGAGAACUUUGACGGGGGCCUGCCGCAGGGCUUCCAGCUGGAGCUGCUGGAGCUGCCAUACUUGGUGCCCAAGUACAACGUCAACGUGACCCGCGGCCCACCGGUCAUGGAGUGGCAGGGCUCCCUGGAGCAGAGCGCGGCCUACCAGGUGCGCGUCUACGCCAUCAACGCCAAGGGCCGCUCGGACCCCGUGGUGCUGCAGGAGCUGCGCUUCAAGGGCGUCGCCAAGUUCACAGACGUGACGCGCCUGAGCGCGCCCAGCCCGCUGCUCGCCGCCGUGGUGGCGGGCGCCGCGGUGCUCACGCUCGCCUUCCUGGUGACGGCCGUCGCCCUCUGCCGGCGGCGCCUGACGGCGGGCCGGCGCCACCCGCACCACGGCGCGGCCGGCGUCAACGGCGUGGGCGCGGCCGGCAAGCCGCCGCCGCCGCCCAACACGGCCACCCUCAUGCCCGGCAUGGACCACCACGCCGCCACGGGCAACCACAUCAUCGCCGACCUCGAGUGCCUCGAGGGACUCGGGAUCGCGCCCGCACCCUCGGCGUCGCACUCCACCUUCCGGGCGGUGGGCGUCCGCGGGCCCCUGGACGACACCGACCCCGACGUCAUCCCCAGCAUCUAUGAACGACGGCCUCCGAAGCACACGUUCGCCACGCUCAACUGCAGAACGCCACAGCAGAGGCGGAGGAAAAAAGAUGGCGAGUACUUCGAUGAGGACGACGCCGCCUUCGACGAGUUCGACGCCAAAACCUGCAGACUGACCCCCAUCACGGCCAUGGCCACGCUGGGGAGGGCGCCGCACGGCCCCAGAGUCACGAGGAUGCUGCCGUCUCAGAUAGACAGGCCGCCCCCGGCCUUCACAACCAAAGAGGUGUCGCUGUGCACCUCACCAUCUAGGCCACUAUCCAUCAACAAUAUCGUGACUACUUCGCAUAAGAUUCAGGAGAGCUGUAUAUAGGCAGAAUCCAAUAUAAGACUGUUAUUUAUAAUGAAAAAUGUGCCGUCUCUAUUUCAUUUCUUUACAUUUAUGUAUAGUUUCUGUCAUUUUUGCGUCAUUUUGUGAGUUAAAUAAACGUUACGACGAA